AUGGCUGAUGAAAUCGAGAAUUCGGCAUUCGACUUCAAAAAAUUCGAUGAAUGUCUCCUUGACACCUUGAAACAAAGUGAAACUAAAUAUAGUAAUCUGAUUGCCGGAAAUGAUGAGUACACUAUUGGGAUGGACAAGGACGAAAUCGUGGCGAUCAAAAUUCCUGGACAAAUGAAAAAGGUUCGAGAUGAUCAAGUGAUGAACAACGCCGGAGGUUUCGUGUUUAAAGUCAGCGAUGUGACAAGAAUCCGUCGAUUUUUGAUCCUCGGAUGCGAGGGCGGAACCUUCUAUCAGUCUGAGAAGGAGCUCACCUUCGAAAACGUUCAGAACCUAAUUAGAAUUAUCGACGAAGGCAACGCCUUCUUAAUUCUCAAAGAAAUCGGAGAAAUCAAUGCUCAGAACAGAAAUCCGAAAAUGAAAUCGAUGCUGUUCGCAUUGGCUCUUUGCGCACGCUAUCAUGUCCAUGACAAGAAGAAGGCGGCGAAGUCCAAAGAUCCUAUGGUGGUGGCGUAUUCGAAAUACAUUGACGCAAUGCAUAAGGCUGCGUGCUCGUUGAUUGCACAAGUGUGCCGAAUUCCGACUCAUCUCUUCGAGUUUGUUGGAAAUUGCGAGAUUGUCGCCAAGUCAGGAGCAUUCAAUUCUAAACAAACAUCGACUGGAUGGGGUCGAAUGAUGAGAGCGGUUAUUACGAAAUGGUACGAAUCGAAGACCCCUGAACGUUUGGCGAUGUUCUUGACAAAUGAGGGUGAUUCGAAGGAUGCUGACGAUGUCACUGCUAAGAAAGAAUACACUGAGGAACAAUUGGAUAGAGAAGAAAAUAGCAAGGCUCUUGGAUUGAUUGAAGCCUAUCUCAAAUUGAAGAACGAGACGAAUGAGGAGAUCAUAAUUGCGGAAAUCAAGAAGCACGGGCUCGUUCGUGAGCACAUCCCAACGGAUGCAUUGAAGAGUGUCAACGUUUGGAAAGCGUUAUUGGAAACAGAAAUGCCGAUGACCGCGAUGAUCCGCAAUUUAGGAAGAAUGUCUGCAAUCAAUUGUCUUGACGAAAAUGAAAUUACCGACAUCACUCGAAGACUUAAUGAUGUGGAGGAAUUGAGAAGAGCACGCAUUCAUCCACUGAAUGUUCUCCUUGCGAGAAGCGCUUAUUGUCAAGGCGGUGGCUACAAGUCAAGUCUUCAAUGGGAUCCUGAGGUCAAGAUUAUCGGUGCUCUUGAGCAGGCUUUCUAUAAGUCUUUCAUCAAUGUCCCACCGACCGGAAAGAGAUACUGCCUUGCAAUUGACGUCUCUGGAAGUAUGACACAAGAGGCAUCGGGAUGCGAUAUCUCUUGCUGGGAAGCAGCAAGUGCCUUGUCGCUUAUCACCCUUCAUACAGAAAAAACGGUACGCAUGGUCGCUUUUUCUGAUGGACUCACCGAGCUACCAUUCGACAAAACAUGGAACUUGGAUAAGAUGAAGUAUUACAUGGGCCGUCUUAAGUUCGGCUCCACCGAUUGCGCUCUUCCGAUGGUUUGGGCAACGGAGAAAGAUCUCAAAUUCGAUGUCUUCGCGAUCUACACUGACAAUGACACGUUCUUCGGCGAUAUCCAUCCAUUUGAAGCGCUCAAGCAAUAUCGCGAGAAGUCUGGAAUCCAUGAUGCGCGUCUGAUUGUAAUGGGAAUGUCGGCCACCGAGUUCACCAUCGCCGAUCCAACCGACGCCGGAAUGCUCGACAUUGCCGGAUUUGAUUCGGCUGUUCCGCAGAUCAUCAGCGAGUUCAUCAAUGGCUAUAUCUAA